CCGCCGCACAGGACGUCCCCACGUGUCCGCUACUAUCUGACUGUUUACAGUCUUUUGGUAGCGAAUGUUAACACACAACCGAACAAACUCUGUCCUAACAGUUCCGGCCAAAGUGCAGCAAUGCCGAAAGUGAACAAGAUGAAAGGCGGAGGAGCAGAGAAGAGCGGCGGAGCGGUGGCCCUGGCCGACCAGAUCCUGCAUGCGGACACUGUUCGAGCCCGGGGCCGGGUGAAGAGCAGAGACAUGCUGGCAGAGGAGGAGGACAAGUACGUGGACGAGCGACUGUCACGCAAAAUCCUGCAACAGGCUCGAAUCCAACAAGAGGAACUCCAGAGCGAGUAUGGCCUGGCACCGGAGAAGAAGAAGAAAGCCCCGGCCACAGUUCUCGGGCCCGAGUCUCAGGAUGCAGACUCAGACGAGGAAUGGCCCGCGCUGGGAGAAGGUGGUGCAGGUGGUGGUGAUGCUGAAUGUGACACAGACAUUGUUGUAGACCCUGACGACGAGAAGGCCAUUGAGAUGUUCAUGAACAAAAACCCCCCUAUGAGACGGACUUUAGCUGACAUAAUCAUGGAGAAGAUCACUGAGAAGCAGACUGAGGUGGGAACUGUGAUGUCUGAGGUGUCAGGGUGUCCGAUGCCCCAGCUGGACCCGAGAAUAAUCGAAGUUUACAAAGGUGUCAGCAAGGUUCUGUCAAAAUAUCGAAGUGGUAAACUGCCCAAGGCUUUUAAAAUAAUACCAGCGCUUUCAAACUGGGAGCAGGUCCUGUAUUUGACUGACCCUGAGGGCUGGACUGCAGCUGCCGUGUACCAAGCAACAAGAAUUUUCUCCUCGAAUCUAAAAGAACGGAUGGCUCAGCGAUUUUACAACUUGGUACUGCUGCCCCGAGUGCGGGAUGACAUUGCAGAAUACAAGCGACUCAACUUUCAUCUCUACAGCGCCCUGAAAAAGGCUCUGUUCAAACCUGGAGCAUGGUUCAAAGGCAUACUGAUUCCUCUGUGUGAGUCUGGGACAUGCACGCUGAGAGAAGCCAUCAUCAUUGGGAGCAUACUCACUAAGUGUUCGAUCCCUGUGCUACACUCCAGUGCUGCAAUGCUUAAGUUGGCAGAGAUGGAGUACAACGGUGCCAACAGCAUUUUCCUGCGUCUCCUCCUAGACAAGAAGUACGCCCUGCCCUUCCGUGUUCUAGAUGCCUUGGUGGCUCACUUCCUGUCUUUCCGCAGUGAAAAACGUGUUCUUCCUGUGCUGUGGCAUCAGAGUCUACUCACCCUGGCCCAGCGCUACAAAGCUGACCUGUCCUCUGAACAAAAAGAAGCCCUGCUGGAGCUGCUCAAGAUUCAAAUGCAUCCUAACAUUUCUGCAGAGAUCCGCAGGGAGUUACAAAACUCUGAGUCCAGGGACAUUGAAAUCGGGCUCCCUGUUACAGUUGAAAUGGAUUGAUGGAGUCUGGUGUGGUGCUUCAUCCACAUCUUUCAACUUUGCAAAGAAUGAAAAGACUUUUGCAAAUCAUUAUCCUGUUGUGAUCAGAGAAGCACAGUUCCUCUGUAGUUUCUCAGAGCUGGAAGUGUGUUCCCUAUCUGGACUGGUUUGAACAUUAAAGAAAAAAAACUACUACUCAUCACUUUUGAUGUAGCUGCAGGAAUUUCUGAGCUUGUGAAUACAAAGACUGCUAUUGUGUAUGCUUGAUUAAAAGCAACUGUGGUUCUGAAGCAACUGUUUGAAUUAAAAAUCAACUUAACCCCUUCAAAGUUGGUCAGUUUAUUCAUGUUAUGCUGGUUUACCCUAGUUGGUAAAAUAAAGUUAAAACCAACUACAUAAUGUCAAAAAGGUA